CUGGUCCGUCAAACUCACUUUCCUCUUCUUCUCGUCCGUCCUGUCGGCCCUGGUCGUGUGGUCGCUGCUGCCACUUUCCGUGUAUCCCCAGGUGCGCUUAUUCCCCUUUCAGCAGCUCCCGUGGCCGAACCUUACCCGGGCACCCACCUACUGGUUCCUGUACGUCCACCAGUGUGUGGCCACCUUCUUUUUCUGCUCCAUCGACAUGAACACAGACUGCUUUUUCGCGACUAUUAUGGCACACAUCUCGAUGCAGUUUAGGGUCCUGGCUUCCAGAAUAGCGGGACUGCGCCUUCGGGAAAGAACACAGAAGAUAAAACUGUGCGCUGAACCAGAGGAUGUGUCCACACCUCACGGUGACAUGUAUAAUGAGCUGUGCUUAUGUGUCGAUACCCACAAAGAGCUCAUCAGAUUGGUUGGCCUGCUGGAGUCGCUGAUGAACCCGGUGGCUAUGUUGCAGUUCCUGGUGGGAGCCGUCUCCUCCUGCGUGGUGCUCUUCUCAGCCACCUACAGCCCAGACAGCAAUUCCGCGCUGAAGUGUUGGGGUUCGCUUCCCCUACUGCUGACGCAGCUGUUCCUGUAUUGCUCAGGAGCUCAGCACAUUCUGGACCAGAGUGAGGCGGUAGCGAUGGCGGCAUACGACUGUGCCUGGUGCGACAGCUGCAGCAAGCUGAAGCGCGCGCUGCAGCUGGUGAUCAGCCGCGCCCAGAAGCCUCUGGCGCUGACGGCUGGCAAGCUCUACGCCGUCAAGAGGGCCGCCUUUCUCUCGUUGAUUCAGGCGACGUACUCUUACUACACACUUCUUCAAAAUUUGGACAACUGAUGGGAAAGAAGGAAUACGGCGCUCCUGCACAGGACAGUGGAGAGCGUCUUAAAGGUUUUGGGAAGUACGACAAAGCCAGUUGGGGUCGUUACAUUAUUCGGCCGAGCUUAGAAAAGACUCGGGAACUCAUGCAUGGCUGCCAACACCUGCAAUCAUCACAACUGUGUCACAGCCUUAUACAAAAUCAUGAAACAUAUUUUUGUUUUGUCCUACCUUCACUUUUUAACGUACUUGUAACUAUUCGAGAUCCAUGCACCAAAGUGUCCUUUCACGCUGUAAACAACACUGUCGCAUAAAUCAACAUUGUAACAUCAGUUGUACUAUUCUAAAAAUCAAGUUUCCUUCGGGCUAGUGUUAAUUUGUUUAUGAGGCUUGUAAUGCAGUCGUGUUACGUACA